AUGUGGCUUCUCCUCACCUUCUCCUUCCUGCUGAUAUCUGCAAAUGAGGAUGACACUGACUAGAUGCUGGGAAGUUAGGAGUGUGAGCCCCACUCCCAGUCAUGCCAAGUGACCCUAUCUGAGCGUGGGCAUUUCAGCUGUGGCGCUUCCCUCAUUUCCGCACUCUGGGUGUGGUCUACAAAUCACUGCCAAACCAGCCUCAUGAGAGUGCACCUGGGCAAACACAAUCUGCGCAAGCGCGGUGGUCCCAAGCGGCUGUGCACUGUGGCCUGAGUCAUCCCACACCCACACUAUGAAGCCCGCAGCGAUCGCUGCGACAUGUUGCUGUUGCUACGUCUGACACGGCCCGCGUCCCUCUCCCUGCACGUACGCCCCGUGCGCUCACUGCCCACACGUUGCCCCCAACGGGGUGAGGCCUGCGUGGUGUCCGGCAAGGGCCUGGUGUCUGAUGACAAGCCUGGGACCAAAGGGAGCAUAGAGUCACAAGUGUCAUCCUGGGCUGCUGACCAUACUGAGCAUGGUGCCAACAUCAGUGUUACCCCAGCCACAUCUUGUAACAAGGACUACCCAGGGCGCCUGAUGGCCUCUAUGGUGUGUGUGUGGGGAGUACAGGGCGGAGGCCCGGACUCCUGUGAGAGUGACUCUGGGGGACCCCUGGUCUGUGGCAGAGUCUUGCAGGGCAUUGUGUCCUGGGGUGAUGUCCCCUGUGACACUACUACCAAGCCUGGUGUCUAUUCCAAAGUCUGUAGCUACUUGGAGUGGAUUAAGGAAAACAUGAAGAGGAACUGACA